AUGGAUCCUAUCACCGGCAGAGAUAAUGUCUUUUCCCGAGGCCCGUCACCCCCACCUCAUCAACCGUUCCAACUACCGCCGUCUCAGCUCAGCGAUCAGCACGCUUCGCCCGCCCCCUCUUACCACGAGCCUCCUCCGUCUUCGUCGAAUACUCAUCUUGAUAAUCUUUUUCAUACUUUGAAUGCACCGUCGGCACAGCAUGCCAGCCCCCAGCUCAGCAAUGCGGGCUCUAACUUUUAUUCCGGCCCUCAAGAGGCAAGCAACUCAGGGCAUGUUACCCCAGCUUCCGUGAACGCUGGUUCUAUCUCUUCUCACAUGUCGGGUCCGAGCAACCCCACCGUAGAGAGGCAAAACGCGCUUUUGUCGCUCCUGGGAGCCGUAUCCGCCCCUUCAUCCAACUCACAACUACCAGUGGGCGGACCGGCUCCGCCCCAGCAGGUUCCCACACCGCCCGGUUCCGUGCCUCGAAACGCAUCGUCCAGCAGUGAGUCCCAGGGCAAGCAGUUGCUGGAGCAGCUAAUGGCAGGGCCACGCGUUCCCCGUACGGGCGACCGAUCAAAUAAUCCGAAGUACACCUAUCCUGAGCCUAUGUAUCCGCCCGUCCAACCCCCUUCGGGACCUCAGCAGUCUUAUGUACAGUCCGCCCCCGAGGCAGCACCGCGUCAUGAUGAGUACAUCGCCGGCGAGCCGGGAUAUGCACCUCCAGACACCGCCCGAGAAGUGACAAUGGCAGACGUGCCUCGUGCGCCAUCCCCUGCGCAGAGGUCGAUGUUUGAAUUUGUUUCCCCCUUCGACGCCCUCGCGGCCUCGUCUUCAGGCGGCCCGAAGCGCAAGCCGCCCCCUCCUCAACCGUCUGAUGCACAGGGGAACACGGAACAGUCUUCCUGGCAGACCCCGCCAAUCGAUGCCAAACGUAAAUCUGUCGAGAAUCUCAUGGAGCAGCUUACCAGAGGACACGCCCCCCUGUCUGCGCCCCUCCAUCCCGUUUCUGGGCCUUACGACCCGUAUACGCCGACUGAGGAGCUUUCCUCGCAGCCAGAACUCCUGCAGACGCGCGCAUCUCGGCCGCUGCCUCCCCAGCCUGUUCAUGCACCAUCGCCUCCUCGUGCCUCUCCACCCAAGCCCCAGGUUCAGGCGCGGCAGACACGCCGUAACGGUGAUUCUCCUGUUGCCCAUCCUGCCUACGUUGCGGCCAGAGACAAGGAAGUCUCUCCGAUGCCAGGACAGAAUUUUAGAGGCAGUGGCUCGGAGAAUAGAGGUAGGGGCGGUGGCAAGAACAAGAACAACAGCCCGAGCCUGCAGCCACAGAGUCUUGUGUUCGAUGUAUCUCAGCCUCUUGAAGAGAUCCAAGCAACACGCGAUGCUGUCAAGACGACGGCCAUCGCGUUGGUCAAGGUUGAUUCAACGUUCUUGCCGGGAACGACCAUUGGAGCAACGCAUUGGGUCGCGUACGCCAUGACGAAGGGUCGUGUUCGUGUCAUCUCGCGCUCGAGCGGGGAUCGCACACUGCUCCAACUCCCGGCGAUCUUCCCGGCGAACGUCGCUGUGAGCGAUAUGUCCGUACACGGCAACCGUCUGGCUGGUGUCACGUCGGACGGCGGAAUCGUCGUCUGGGAGCUUCCCGAGAUCAUCACCGAUGAUGUGCCCGGCAAAAUUAUGCUGUGUGUUGAGCCUUCUUCCGACAUAGAUCCUCUUCACGCCGUCAAAUGGCACCCUCAGCAACCGGACAUCGUCGCCGUGGCAUCGGAUAAUAAUGUUUACCUGAUCAACAUCCAAGACGCUGCGCACGUCUUCGGUGGGGAGCCCAUCCCACAGACAGAGCUGCAUCGCAUCGCUCAGAUCUUCUCCGUGUCAUCCCCUAUUGUUGCCAUUGAUUUCGACAUUCCUCGUUCGGCACUUGCCACGAUCUCAGAGGACUCCACAUUGACGAUGUGGAAUAUCAACGACAAGCUUCCUUUUUGGUCCCACAAGAUCAAGGGGGAUGACUUGCCGUCCUCGUUGACUUUCGUCGAUGGUGGGGUGGUUGUCGGCCGCAAGAACGGUACCAUCCUUCAGUUCCUUCCAAUCAUGGGCAGGUACGUCAUGUCAACCGUCAAGUUCCUCAAUGGCGUGCAGGAGGAUCCGGAUAUGUUCGGCCACGUCAGCUACGAUUCCCGGAUACAGACACUCUGGGUCGCCAACAACCGCAGGGACAGCAUGAUUGCUCUCAGGAUUAAUUUCGAUCAGUCGCCGUCUUUCGGCGGAGAGGACAGCACUCGCAGCAUCCAGGUGGACCAAGUGCUUGAGUUUGGUGGCCCCCGACCGACCAUUCAUUUCGUCAUUCUCACCGCUGACGCAGACCCCACCGGGGAAGAGGCUCACGCUGCUUGUGUCGCUGCCAAGGUGCCUCCGGGCGACUUGGCUCUGGUCGCAUUCUCUGUGCAUUCGACCGGUGUCGAUCAAGUCUUGAUCCGCAAGGAAUGGUACGACUCGGCUCUGGAGGCGGCCCCUGCUAGAUAUCCAUCUUACGCGUCGAUUCCGGUGUCAAUGCAGUCAACGGAACCCAAGCUCUCGAGGCAGCAGCUUCCUCCAGUCUUGACCAGUGGCACCAUGACUCAGCUUCCACAACCACCGCCGCCCGCGGUCAACGUUCCUCCUCCCAGACUCAAGACGCCGCCAUCCGAAGACGUCGAGGGCGAGCACAGUCGCGACGAGAGCGGACGCGCACAGGAACCGAGAGGCAAGAAUGUAAAGGGGAAGAACGUCGGCUGGAAGGACAAGGAUCGCGAGGACACUGGUAAGGAGAAGGAGACGAAGGGACGCAGUGGAGAUGCCGCUGUCAUCAGUGAUUCUCCUCUCGGCACUGCUUUGUCGAAGGAGAUCAGGAAAGUCGAGGAGAGUUUGCACACUCGCAUCGGGCGCCUCAUUGGAAAGGAGUUGGAUAAGCAACACCAACGUUUGGAAGACGCGCGCGCCAACGAACAGGCGGCUGACUUCGUGCGCCAGGAGAAAAUCUUGAAGCUGAUCUCGACGGAAUUGACGAAAAACACUACACGGGUGGUUGAGAUGGCAGUCAAGUCUGAAGUGCAGAAUUCGGUUCUGCCUUCGCUCGAGAACAUCACGAAGACUGAGGUCAAAUCCGCUCUCAAUAACCAGAUUUCGAAGGGACUGUCGGAUUCUAUGAAACAGAAUCUGCCGAAUGAAAUCGAGAGAAUGCUUCUGCGCCCCGACAUUUCCCUGCAUAUCGCUCGCACUGUUUCGGGUGCUGUGACCCCUGUCAUCGAGAAGCAAGUCAAGGAUGCUAUCACGAAGACUCUCAUCCCGGCGUACACGCAGCAAUCUUCCGCGAUGCACCAGGAACUGUCACGUGAAAUUCAUACCGAGAUCCUCAACCUGAAGAAGGAUAUUAUCACUUGGCAGACGGAAGCACUUCGUGGACAGGAGACUAUCAUUCGCGAACUCGAACAAUCGGUUCGGAUGCUGUCGGAGCAGGUCAAAUUCCUCGCUCUCAACCCUCCGACUAUCAUUCAGCAAGCGCCCUCCCGCUAUUCACCCAGCGCAUCAAGCAGCCAACACCAGCAGGGCGUGCCUCAGCUGUUGCGACAGCAGGGUUUGGUCCCUACCACGCAAUCGCACUCAUACAAUCCUCCGAUGCAAGGACCGUUCCAGCAGCCGCAGCAACAGCAGCCACCCAUGCACGGAAACUGGUUCAACGCUAACAUCGCUGCACCACAAGCGUCGCAUCCUACUGCUCCCCCGCCCCUACCAACGAAGCAAACCAUGCGGUCGUCUCCAGCACAGCCUGAGGAGUGGGAUGACACCUAUCUCGCUGUCCUUGGCAACCAGGACAUCCGGCAGCUUCGCGAGCUGCUCGCACGAUCGAACCCAGAUGUGACCAUGCCUUUGAACGGGCCCAGCCCGCUCUCGCAAGCGGUGAUCCUCACAUUGGUGCACCGACUGACGUCCGUCGUUGGCGAGACAUCUCCUCUCGACGAGUCCUUCAAGGUGUCCAUGUGGUGGUUGCAGCGAGCUGCAUCUGUCCUGAACGCUUCGGACCCUCUCAUCGCCCAAUACACUGCGCGAGUUCUUCCCAAUGUCCAGCAGAUGCUGAACACAACGAAGCAGCGCCUCAACAUCCUUCCCAGCCCUCCGAUCGAGGCGACUCGCGCCAUCUCGGACAUCCAAGACAUCCUCAAUCGCAAGCCGAUGUGAGAAAUUGCUCAACCUCGUCGCUCUUUGCCUGCUGCUUCUGUCCUCAACGCCUACGCUCCGAAUGCUGUGCAUGAAAGUACGUUAGGAAAUAUGUGUGUUCGCUAUGAGACCUUGCUUGCUGUCUUCUUGCUGCGCACGCUAUUGAUCAUGACGCCGUUUUGAAAAUCCGUUUUGCACGAUACAUCAUAAAUCUACGCUAUACAUGUUGUGUGAUCUGGCUUUCUGUUGUGGUUAUACUCGAAAAUCCUGUAGCAUCUUACAUGACCGUGACGACUCUUGACGAGCGCAAUGACAUCCCAAUUUUCCAAUG